AUGGCCCAGGAUCAGGAGUCCCAGCCAUUGCUUCUUUCCCGUGAGCGUCGGACCGCGGAAGGAGCAAUGGAUGUGGAGGAAGUAGAAGAGGGGGCUGACGUGGAAGAGCAAGGGGAGCGUGAGGAGAGUGCAAGGGGCAGGUUCUGGGCUUGUUGGGAGGCUCUGCUAAGAGCCUUUGGGGAUGUGGUUGCAGGAGUAGCGGGCACGGCUCGCCGUUUCAGGCCUUGGGGUGGUGGAGGGGAGGGAGGGAGCAGCAGGGAUGAUAUGGAGAUGGAGGAUGUGACAGGGGCGAAUAUCUUCUCUGACACGGCUGCAUUUGCAGUCUUUCCCCCUCCCGCCCAAGUCACUGCAAGCAGCAAGGCUCCUACUCUUUCUCACCCACCCACUCACACGCACUCUGCUCGUGCGUCUGGCUGCCGGUUGCUGGUGGUGCAUCGGGGGGAUAUCACCAAGUGGUUUGUCGACGGGUCGACCGAUGCCAUUGUCAAUGCGGCAAACGAGGGAGUUCUUGGUGGGGGCGGGGUGGAUGGAGCCAUCCACAAGGCGGCAGGCCCGACCCUCAAGAAGCUCUGCUACGAUCUGCCCGUGCUGAGGUUUGGCAAUCGCUGCGAGACAGGGGAUGCUGUGACCACAGGGUGA